AUGGUGGCAUCAUUGUCUCCUACUUCAGAGGUUCCGCAAGUCAUUCCUGGUCCAGGGCUCCCGUCUCUGGAAUCUCUUGGAUUGACGUCCUCCGAUCUUCAUGUCGAUCAUUUAAAGAGAGAUUUGACCGCAAGGAAAGCAGAAAUGAUUACAUGCGAGGACUUUGAAGGCUCUAUGGUAUCAGCAGCCAAUGCCCAGGCGUGUAUAAACUACUUAAACAGCAUUGGUACAACGAGUUGCGGCGUCCCAGCAGACAGUUCGGAUGUUAUCUUCUGUGAGACAGCAGAUGCCUACAUAUGGGGGACAAACCUCUGGGGUGCGGGCCAAGCAGAAACCGCGUCGUGGUAA